UCUGUAUCUAAAUUUUUCAUGAUAUAUAUUUUCUUAUUACGAAAAUACAGUGGUGAAACAUUGGAUUAGGAAACAGAGAAAGUAUUAUAAAUUAUAAUGGACAGAUAGAGAAACAGAUUAAGAUGAGUUAUAUGGCUGCCUCUUCUCUUCUCCUUCUUCUCUUUUUCUCAGGUUCUCCAAUCCAAAUCCUUGGUCUUGGAGUUGGAAUCAACUAUGGCCAAAUCGCAAACAAUCUUCCAUCUCCAUCUCGAGUCGCCUAUCUUCUCAAAUCCCUCAAUAUCAGCAGAAUGAAACUCUACGACGCUGAUCCUAACGUUCUUGUUACCUUCUCCCAUACAAAUGUCGAUUUCAUUAUCGGACUCGGUAACGAGUAUCUUCCCAACAUGACCGAUCCUAUCAAAGCUCGAAUCUGGCUUCAGCAGCGAGUUCAGCCCCACCUGCCUCAAACCCGGAUUACUUGCAUAACUAUGGGGAACGAAGUGUUCAAAACCUAUGAUCAUCAGCUAUGGUCUAAUCUCCCUGCAAUGCAAACUGUUUACAACGCUCUUGUUGAUCUUGGCCUUGAUAAACAAGUAACCGUCACUUCCGCGCAUUCUCUCGAUAUCUUAAGCAUCUCUUUUCCACCUUCCGCCGGUUCUUUUAGGCAAGAUCUCAGCGAGUAUCUUCACGGAAUUCUCAAUUUUCAUGCUGAGGUUAAGUCACCUUUCUUGAUCAAUGCAUAUCCUUAUUUUGCAUACAAGGACAACCCUAAUGAAGUUCCACUAGAUUAUGUGCUUUUCCAGCCUAAUCAAGGGACAGUGGAUCCAAUUACCAACUUGAAAUAUGAUAACAUGUUGUAUGCUCAAGUUGAUGCUGUUUAUUCAGCUAUCAAAGCAAUGGGGCACACUGAUAUCAAAGUCCAGAUUUCGGAAACCGGUUGGCCUUCCCGAGGUGACGAUGACGAAGCAGGAGCUACACCGGAGAAUGCAGGGUUGUACAAUGGGAACCUGUUGAAAAGAAUAGAAGAGAAACAAAGCACACCGGCAAAACCGAAUGUCCCGGUUAACGUAUAUGUUUUCGCACUCUUUAAUGAGAAUUUAAAACCUGGUCCUGCAUCAGAGAGGAAUUAUGGUCUCUAUUACCCUAAUGGAACCCCAGUUUAUAACAUUGGAGUUCAAGGUUAUCUUCCAGGGAUGGUAUAUACAUCACCCAGCACAAAGAUUGCAUUAUCUGUUGUCUCCAAUGUUCUGUUCAUAGUUAUAGCAUACUUAAUCUCUGCUGGAAAACUUGUGGAUUUAAAGAUGGAAGGAUCAUCGGAUUAAUUCAAAUUCCAGAGAAGAGGAGUAUAAUUCAGCAGGUAGCCACAUAUUAUUGGACACAGUCUUAGAUGGUGGAUACCAGUCACUCAAAAUGAUUCCAUUAAAAUUGGCUAUCUGGAUGAUUGAGACAAUUAAUCUUCGAUAGACAUAUAAUAUAAUACAAUAUAACAUUUUUUGUAAUAUUGUAAGGGUGUUCGAUCAUCUGGUAGAGAAUUUGGAAUCAUUUUAUUGUAAGGUUUCAACAAUUUAGUAUGCAUGAGCAGGACACUAGGAUGCUGAAUGCUAAUGCUGUCAACGUUACAUAUGCACCAACUGGCUGGUCCGUAAAACUCCCAUUCAUGACAUAUAUGUAUUUGGUGUAUUGAAACUCUUCUUUGUCUUGAGCCGAACAAAAGUCCAAAUUGGCUUCCAUCAACAAAAGCAAAAGUCAUAAGGAACUCCGUAAGACGGUAGCCACUUUCUCACCAGUAUCCCAUUUCCCCCCUUUUCUCACCUUAAAACCUCCAAAACUACAACCUGCCUCUAAACAAAGUUGACGGCAUCAGCUUUUGUUGUGUAUCAAUGUGUCUACUCCCAUCUCAUUUUCAACUCUUUCUCAAUCAACUACCCUACCUAAUUAACAAUACAUAAAGCAGUUUUGGGUCUUCACGUUCAAGGCAAAGUAGUUUUGCCUGUGAAUUUUUUUUGCUAUAAGUGUAAUAAUUUGUGUAUUUAUAUAGUAUGCAUAUUACUUUAAUAUGAAAUAAACCUUUCAUAAAAUUGUUACAUAUUAAUAGUUAUGUAAAAUAUAUGCAUAUCAUUUUUUUUAUAUCGUGUAAUAUUUUAAUUCAUAUUAAAAAAAUCUACAAAUCUCAUGGAACAAAACCUUCUAAAUCAAAAUAGUGUACUUUUUUUUUUUACUAAUUAAUACUAUACUGCUUUGAAUGUAUGUACAUCUGAGUGUGUUUUUGAAGAUGAAAUUGCUUUUAAGAAUUAUGAAAACUUAAAAUUAAAAGAGUUAGGUGGCUUUCAACUUCAGGGCCCAUGGCUUUGAAUUAUGGAAACCUUGCAUCAGCAUAUGAGAUUUGACUGAUUCAUGAAUUUAUUUGAUAAUCAAACCCGAAAAUAGUUGAAGGAAAUAAAAUCUCAAAUCAUUCUAGUAAUUAAUUAUUGUAGACAUGAUCCAAUGAACAUCAAACAGGUCCCUUCUUCGUCAAUGAACUUUGCAUUGUAAAGAAAAUAGAAUUAUGAGGAAAUCGACAGAAACCAACAACAAAUCUGGGUUUGAUGUAUUGCU